CCCAGCGAGAUCCUCAAACCCCUGUUUACAUUCCAGCGUUUUCCUUAUUAUUAGAAUCAUAUAGAAUUGGUGGCAAAAUGGCGGACAGGAUUUUGAUUCAGCUUAGAAGAUUCGACACGAGUCAACCAUGGGGUUUCAAGAUGCAAGGUGGAGUGGACACAGGUUGUCCAAUUCAUGUAGCACAGGUAAAUCCCAAGAGUGUGUCAGGUCAGGCUGGUCUACAAAACGGUGACCUUAUCCUUGCCAUAGGAAGUAUGAACGUCACUGGAUCGAGCCAUCAACAGGCACGUGACGAAAUGAUCCGUAGCGGAAAUGACGUCGAUCUCACUGUACAGAGGGGAGGCGUGGCAGUUAAAUCUCAACCUCAACCUCAACCGGAACCGGAAGAAGAAGGAAGCGCUUUCCGCGAUGUGCAACCCAAGACAUACAAAGUGCUUGAGAAGGAAUUGCCCCAGUCCGCUGUAACAGGUGGAAGACCAGCGUCGAUCUUUGACAAAAAGAAGCAACAAAGGUCAGAAUAUACAAAAACCGAUAAAUCGGGAUAUAUGAAAGCAUAUGGACAACAGUGAAACAGAGUUAUUUCCCUUGGAAGGAAGACAAUCAAAAUUAAAACAAAGAAAUGAAAAAUGGAGGAAUAACAUCGGUGCCUGUAACCAACUUUACUAUCAAAGCGCCAUGGGUAUUUUUUAUAUCUUAAUCGUCAUACACUUGCCUGGAUGUGUAAGGAUGUAAAUACGUGACCUAUCAGCUUUAGGAGACACUGCCAUCUCUAACUUCAACAUGUAGAAGUACUAUAUGAGACAGUGAUUUGAAAGUAUCCUGACUGUAACAAAAUGUAUGUAUUGUGUGUUGAAAUGACGUCACAUUCGUGUAUAUGUGUGGUCUUUUCAGUUGUGAAUGAAGGCCUUUUUUACUGUUGAACUAUGAAACAUUCGUCAACUUUACAAAUUUAUUUUGGUGCUGCAUAAUGUCCAUCUAUGUACCUCUAUAUUGUGGUGCUGUAUAACAUCUGUUACAUUGAAGCAUUAAUUAGUACAACUCCAAACCAGAGUUUUUGGUUAAAACGGAAAUCUGGUAUUGGUGCAAGUAACAUAAAUGAAAAGUAUAUUGCUAUUAACAAUUUUCAAGGUUAUGGAGCUUUUUCCAGCCUUUUUUUUUAUACAAAAAAACAUCAUGGAUGGAAUUCAUGAUUAACCUGACGGUAACAUAUCAGGGCGAUAUAUUGUUCAGGAUGAAUAUCUACUCCAAGAAAACUUACGAAAAUAUACUCUUUUUAACACAAAGAUUAACACAUUCAACAACAGAAGAAAAAGUGUACAUUUCCUGUCGAUAAAAUCAUUCAUCGAUCAUGAUACAGGACUAUUAUUAUUACAUAAUUGAAUUGGAAAAGUUUAAAUGUGUUGUGAUAUUUGUUUGUAGGUUUGCUUAUAUACUUCUUUGCAAAGUUUAUUUAUUUGCCAAUAAAAUUAUAUAAGUUUG